AUGGAAAUCUCAAAUUAUACUCCCUAUUCUUAAACCUGGGAAGUUAAGUAAUGAUCCUCUGGGAUAUAGACCUAUCGCACUGUCAUCUACCUUGGCAAAAAUAUUAGAACAUCUGAUUAAAAAUAGAUUGGAAUGGCUAGUGGAAAGUAGAGGUAUAAUAGCUAAAAGUCAAUAUGGUUUCCGGAAGGGAGCAGGAACGAUGGAUAGUUUAAGUUCAUUUAUUACUGAUAUCCGUAUAGCCCUUUCGAAAAAUAAAUCGGUGAUUGGCGUAUUUCUGGACAUCUCAUCAGCAUACGAUAAUGUACUUCUUCCGGUGCUCAGAAGCAAAAUGCUUCAUCUGAACAUUCCUGUGAGGAUAGUUAACUAUAUUUCAAAUUAUCUUUCGGCUAGAUCUGUCCAAAUUUCUAGUAAAAAUUCUCUUCUCCCCUCUAGACUUGUCUGGAAGGGCCUGCCCCAAGGAUCUGUCCUAAGUCCCCUGCUAUACAGUAUAUACACCCAUGAUUUGGAGCUUACCGUCAAUUCAUUUUGUGAUGUCCUACAAUACGCUGAUGAUUUAUCACUUUAUGUAUCGUCUGACAACUUUGACGAAGCCACCUCUCGACUUAACACUGCUAUUAGAUAUCUGGAUGAUUGGCUUCAGAAUCACGGUCUCAAUCUCUCUAUACCUAAAAGUACAGUUGUGGUAUUUUCUAGAGUCAGAAAUAUACCUGAUAUUUCAAUUUCUUGCAAUGGUCUUAUCCUGGAUUCAAAAUUGACAUCAAUUCACCAUAUUAAUCAUGUCAUUGCGAAAUGCGAAAGAAAUAUAAACAUUAUUCGUUCCCUUUCAGGUGUUUGGUGGGGUUCCCACCCAUUUUCACAAAAGCUCUUGUAUAAUGCCAUAGUUAGAAGUCAUCUCGACUAUGGCAUCUUUAUUCUGGAACCAUGCAAUAAAUUACCUCUACAUGCACUAGACAAAGUCCAGGCUAAAUGUCUCAGAUUGAUUACAGGGGCUAUGAAAUCCUCUCCUAUUAACGCAAUGCAAGUCGAAUGUGUUGACCCCCCUCUACAUAUCAGGAGACAGUACCUUAGUGAUCGCUUUAUUUUUAAAAUUUUUCAAACUUCUUCACAUAGUCUUCUUCCAAAACUUCAUGAACUGUCACACCUUGUUACUGCCGGUGGAUAUUGGGCACACAAAGAACCUCCUUGUCUUGUAAAAAGUUAUCUCAAAAUCACUCGUCUUGCUUGUCCACUUUCUCAAACUACCCUUAAUCCCAUAUUUGAAAUUCCCUAUCAGGCGUUAGUUCAUAACCCGAACAUAAUACUGGACUUAAAUAUAACUAAGGACCCAGCUUCCGCAAACACCAAUUUCCAGCGAAUAGUUGAUGAGCGCUGGAGUGAUUGGCUUAUUAUUUAUACGGAUGCCUCCAAGCUCUCAGUGCAUGGUUACGUGGGAGCAGCUGUCUGGAUUCCCAAAUUCCGUAUAGUAUUAAAUUUUAAACUUCCCUCCUUAUCCUCGGUAUUUACUGGAGAGUCGGUUGCCAUCUUAGAAGCCUUAAUGUACAUCGAAUCACACAAGAUUAGAAAGACAAUAAUAUUUUCGGAUUCUAAAAGCUGUUUAGACGCAAUUUUAUCAAAUCAAUUUAGAAGUAAAUCAAGAUUCCCUUUUAUUAUGGAAAUUAAAAACAUUUUGUACAGAUGUUCUCUGCAAGGUCUCCAGGUCACUCUUGCGUGGAUUCCGGGUCAUUCUGGGAUCCAGGGCAAUGAGUCAGCUGACCAUUUAGCUAAAGAAGCCACAUCGUGUGGCUCAAUGAGACACCACAAACUAUACAUUCAUGACCUAGUGUCCUUGGCUAAGGAACAUCUUUUGUCUAGUUGGAAAUCUGUGUGGUCCGAGACUUCUAUUAGCAAAGGAAAAUACUAUGCAGACAUACAAGAAUCCAUACCAGUGAGGCCAUGGUUUUUUAGGUUCCCUGAUGCAAAUAAGCAGACCACGUCGACGAUCUGUCGACUACGAUUAGGCCAUGCGUGCACUCCAACUUUCUUAGCGAAAAUCAGGGUUAAGGAUAGCUCGCUAUGUGAAUGCGGAUUAGACGAAGGAACGGUGGACCAUAUAUUUUUCUCUUGCCCGAACAGAACUUCUUCCUUAAUUGAUGUCCUCCCCAAUUAUAUCCCUCGCCCCACUAACUUUAAGACCCUCUUAACCCACGUACAUACCCCGUUUGUAAAUAUUUUAUGUGAUUAUAUUAACAAAAAUAAUAUUAGAUUAUAAGUUGUUUGUCCCAUAACCUACUAACAAUACUAUGUAUAUUAUUGUGUUCGUCCUUUUUAGGUAAAUCAACGUUUGUAGAUAAUUCUAGAGUUCGUAACACUUGUAUGCUCACGAGACUUAUCCAUAAGUAGAGUGUUGCCAGUCUCUUUAAUACAAGAAUAAAACUAUAAUCACUCGACACUGGCCCAAUCCGCUGAGGGAGAGCCAUAAUCAAGAAACUGA